AGUUCUGUGGUUCAUUGGAUGCAUUGGCACACCCAUGCUAAGUGGACACCAUAGCAUCUACACGUAAAAGUGAUUUGGUGGAAUGUUGCCAGAUUUUCUAUCAUGUGAGCUGUAAACAUUGAAUAUAAUGUUCUCGCUGGGCUGCAUUGGCUCAGCGAUAUUCCAAUCUUGAGGCAACUGUCCUCAACUCUGGACUUCGUUCUCUUCUCCAUUUCCGUCCGUUUCCUUGCAUUCUCCUCCUUCUGCACUUAUUGUACUUGGGUUAUUUUGGCGGACUAACUGUUUGCCCUACUCUUUAGGCUUUCGGUGAAUUAAUCAAGAUUGGUAACAGGGCAUGAGCCCAAACGUUGGGGUUGAUGAAGCACCGCCUUUUCACUCGGGGGCAAUAUGCAAGAGAAGCAUCCUCCUGAAUUGAUGGUCUCUUAAUCUGGAUAGCAUAACAAAGUGGCUGGGUGUUGGUCAUAAAUGAAAUUAAAAAUGUUGUGGAUGAUUUUGUUAGGUCAAUAAACAUUGUCAAGAGAUGUACUUGUAGAUAUCCAAGAAUGGCAACCGAAAGUGAAGAAGUUAAGGGUAUGAAUAAUUAAAUUGAUUAUGUUUUGCCUGAACCAUAUAUAUAUGUGUGUGUCACCCGCAAGGAGCAAACAAGGUGGAUAUACAAAUUUAGAAAAAGGAAAAAGCGAGAAGGGGGGUUAAAAAAGUUAAGGGAGCAAGUGAGGACCCGAGAGGCAAUUGAGAGGAAUGAGAAGAGUACCAAGUAAUAAGGGUGAGGCCGGCGAUGUGUAAGUUAGAUUAAGAAGAAGGUAAUGUAUUAAGUGCAUGAACGGUGGAAGUGGAAAAGCAUAGACAUAGGUGAUAGGUAGGCACGAAAAACAAACAAGAAGAGAAGAGGGCUUUGAUUUGCGAGUCAGGAUGUCAUAAAUCAUAAGUACUGUUCUGGCAACUUGGAGUGAAGGAGUGCAUAAUUUCCACUUGUGAUGAGAAACACUUUUUCCUUUUAGGGAGGUUUCUUGAAGUGAAAUACGAUUUCCAAAUCUGAUCAACUCAACUUUUUCUAUUUCUGGAGGCAAUCAUAUUUAUGAGAUUGACAUAAACAAGACAGUACUGAGUGGUGGUGGAGGGGGAGGACGACAAGUCUGACUAAUUACUAGAUUUCCAACCACCCUCCUCCUCCUCCUCAACAACAAAAACCAACAAAAGCCAAGAGAGUUGCAGAAAGAAAAUAUUAUUACUCAGCCAAAACAGAAAGAGAGGACAAUGUAUUACUGGUAGCGGAACAGCAUUUGCAAUGGAAUGCAAACCCGCUUUCCCUUCCCUUCUUUCUGCACCAAGUCUCAUGGAUUUCAUCGCUUUUUGCAUUUCACUGCAACAUUUACUCCAUCCGGAUUUGACCAAUUAUCUCAAAAAUCCACAUUAACAUCAAAGAGAAAAAAUAAUAUUAGUAUUCUUUCUUCUUUUUUUUUUUUUGGGCUUUGGGGUGUGUGAGUGUGUGUGUAUGGGAAGUUUCAGUGUUUCAUUCCAUGAUGGCAAUAAGUCUGUGUCUGAACUUUUUUUCUUGUCAGAUGUGCUGCACGUCCUUCCUUCCUCGGCAUUGACAAGAAAACACUGAAAUGAUAGAUGGAUCCAUCAGAAAAUGACUUUCAGUGCCUUUAUUAUUUUUUUUCCUCGGCCAAAGAGUACAGAAACCAGCAAAGAAUCAUUGAGAAAGCAGCAGCAUACAUGGGAAACAGCAAACACAUUGCCAUUGCCCCUUCCUAUAUAAACACAUGUCCCCUCACCCGAAAGCCAAUCCACAAGAACCCAACAAAACAAAGAACCUCAAAAUGAUACCAAACCCUUCUACAAUUCCAUGUUCCACUAUGUCUAUCCCCAUCCAAUCCAAACAAAGACCCUUCUAAUUCUUGUUCUCCACCUCCACUGAAAUUUACAAGUCCAGUUACUUUACCUUAAACUUUCUCAAUUUUUGUCUAAAUUCGCCUGCACAUUCAAAAACUCCCUCCCCAACAUACAUUACUUCCUUCUUUGAAUCACUGCUGACUCAAGAUGUGAUUAAAGCAGAAUAAUGUUUUCUCUUUAAUUUGUUCAAAAUCCAAAUUAAACCAUGGAGCCUUUCCACACCCCAACCAGCAUACCCAUUUCCUACGCAUUUACCUCUAUUCCCACUGCUGCUAGCAUUUGUGGCUCAACAGAUUGCAUUUCAAUAAGUCCCUGGAUGGACUGCAGAAUAUGGAGCCGGCUUCCUCAGGGUUUGAUUGAUCGUAUCGUUGCCUGUCUUUCUCCGCCGGCCUUCUUUCGAGCUCGAGCUGUCUGUAAAAGGUGGUACGGUCUCAUAUUUUCCAACACCUUCCUCGAAUUAUACCUCCAAGUAUCUUCCCACCGUCACUGGUUCCUGUUCUUCAAGCAAAAAAGCCUCAAAAGCUAUAUCUACCGAAAUAACACUAGUGCAAACAAUGGCACUCUUAGGGCAAACUACGAAGGCUACCUUUUCGACCCGGAAAGCUUAAAAUGGUACCGUAUUUCAUUCCCCUUGAUCCCACCUGCAUUUUCCCCGGCCUCAUCUUCCGGUGGACUAAUCUGUUGGGUUUCUGACGAUGCUGGUUCCAAGAGUAUUCUCCUCUGCAACCCACUCAUUGGUUCUUUAAUUCAGUUGCCUUCAACCCUAAGGCCUAGGCUUUGUCCUUCAAUCGGUUUAACCAUCACCAACUCUUCCAUAGACUUAGCUUUUGCAGGAGAUGACUUGAUAUCUCCUUAUGCAGUCAAGAAUCUAAGUUCAGAAAGCUUCCACGUCGAUGGGGGUGGAUUCUACUCCAUAUGGGGAACAAUCGCUUCUCUUCCAAGGCUAUGUAGCUUUGAAUCGGGGCGGAUGGUUCACGUGGAAGGCCGAUUCUACUGCAUGAACUACAGCCCUUUUAGCGUCCUUGCCUAUGACAUCUCCAUAAAUCAAUGGAGCAAAAUCCAGGCCCCAAUGCGCAGAUUUCUACGGUCACCGAGCUUGGUCGAAAGCCGAGGUAAGCUCCUCUUAGUUGCGGCGGUUGAAAAGAGCAAGCUCAACGUUCCCAGGAGCUUGCGGCUGUGGGCACUGCAAGAAUGUGGCAAUUUGUGGGUGGAGAUUGAGAGGAUGCCGCAGCAACUGUACAAUCAGUUUGCGGAGGUUGAAGGUGGGCAUGGAUUCAACUGUGUUGCACACGGAGAGUUUGUCGUGAUACUGAUCAAAGGGUCGGAUAAAGCUUUGCUGUUGGAUUUUAUUGGGAAAAGGUGGGUGUGGAUUCCUCCAUGUCCUUAUAUAAACAAUGGUGGGUGUGGAGGAAGAAGAGAAGAUGCGGUGGAUGAGUUGCAUGGAUUUGCGUAUGAGCCGAGGCUUGCCAUACCAAUUACUGCUCUUCUUGAACAACUUACACUUCCCUUUAACUCUUUCACUGCAUAGGUUUGUAUGCAUUUCUCCUAUUAUUACAUAUAUAUAUAUAUAUAUAGGUGUGGUGCUAUGUACUCGUUGUCAGCCGGUUAGUUUGCGACUUCAGUGCGUGUAAUGACAUUUUGACAUUUUGUUGUUUGUUACCAGAGAAAGGGUGUUGAAAUGGACAGGAAUCCUUGUCCUCGAAUCCCAACCAA